GCUCAUUUCCGCCGCCGUCAGACUCGUUUCACACCGCGCCUCACAAUACCCGAGCCCGGGCCCAUAACGUCACCGCCUUCUAAUCAACAUACGCAACAAAGGAGGCCGCUCCUUAGUUCUUUGUAGAUAAGGAAGACCAUUGUUGAAAAGUCUAUGUUGGAUUACGAAGAAAGUCCUCCGCCACUACAUCACUCGCCUUCUCCGAGUGAUCAGUCGCAGUUCACCUCCCGAGAUACAACUCCCGUUACCCCGGUCGGCAGCGGGCCUACGCUUGGAAAGAAGACAGAGAAGGAUUGUCUUCCGUGGUCCAAGAAACCCAUCAGCGUUGGACGGACUACCACAAGGCUCUGCCUCGACACAUCUCUGCUCGAGCCUGACUUUAACGACAGCACCUUUCCGACCUUUGGCGCAUCGCCACCAGCCCGGGGCAUGGCGAGUGCUGCCAACCCACUUAACAUAUCGACAAGACAGACUUCAACCUCACCGCGCGGCAAUCAGCCGUCCAAUUUGACCUCAGCCUUGCAACGUAGUGACAGUGAAGAGAAACGCAAAAUGGCCAACCUCCACCCAGAAACCGCGCUCAACCGGGCAAUCCCCCAAAUGCCCUCCAAUGCCUCCGAUGACUUUGCAAAAUUCGAGCGUGGUGCUCGACCCAUUUCAAUGAAGGGAGCGUCCAACAAUCAACAGGCCAGACGCGAAAGCAUAGCACAGAGCCUAAACCAGGGCAUGAGCUGGGGAGGAAUAUCUGUAGGGAGUUGGAUCAGAGAUGAUAUGAUGAUAUCCGGGACCUCACCUUUCACCUUCAACUCGCCGUCUUAUCACUCCUCAUCUUACCUACCCAAACUCGAAGCCAAUUUCAUGAAAGAUUUUUCCUGCUGUGGCCUAACACUACCAACUCUCCAUGAUCUGCUGCAGCACUACGAAGAAGCCCAUGCUCAGAAAGAUCCCAUGCACCCUGGAAACAACCAACAACCCUUGCCUGACAGCCGAGCAGCACUUGCAGCUACGACCGCAGCCCAGGUCCAACAAGAAGCUCAACAGCGAAGCCAACAGCAAACAUCUCAGAAUGCUCCAGGUCGGCCGUUUGGUUCGCAGCAGGUUGCUCCACAAAACACCCAGCGGCAGACGGGCUUCUCUAGCACGCUUCAGACAAUACCUGACAUGGACACGGUUGAAGAUAUGGAGAUGGAUGACAUUGACGGAGCCGACGAGACGACACCACCACCAAACUUGUACACUCAGAAUCAAAAUCAAACUUCACCUCAAACCUCAUUCAACACUUCCGCGCAACCACAGAUUCCCCAACUGAAUACAAACAUGAUGCAAGGACAUCAAGCCUAUCGUCAGUCCACUCCCAACACCCCCGUGACGGCUGGUCGAUCCACCUUUCAAGGCAACAACGCUUCCUCCACCCUCAUGGCCAAUCCAAUGCAACAGUUUCAGGAUCUCCAAAGCGCAUAUCGCGGCACCCCGGACUCUUCAGCACCGGGCACGCCUGGCGAGCUGGAUGAUGGGCUCAUGGACGGCAUGGAUGACAUGACAAUGUCUAACAACAACCUAUUCAACGGUCUCCCUAACUUUGGAAACUUUGGUUUCGGCAUGAAUAAUGAUAUGAUUGAUCUUUGUAUCGACGAGCCAGCCAAAAGACUCUUCUCGAAUGGCAAUCAAGGUAUGCAAGGACAGAAUGUGAUCCACAGUCGAUUGGGGUCCGGGCAGUAUGGUCCUGAUAGCGAUAUAGCCCGGACCAUCCGUGAACGUCAAGCUCAGGCUGGAUUACCCGAUACCACAACGAACAUCGCUCCUCACGAGGAGCCGAAGCCGUUCCGGUGCCCUGUCAUUGGUUGCGAGAAAGCGUACAAAAACCAGAAUGGCCUCAAAUACCACAAAGCUCAUGGGCAUAACAACCAACGACUCCACGAAAAUGGGGAUGGCACAUUUUCCAUCGUCGACCCAGAUACUCAAGCGCCAUAUCCUGGCACACAGGGUAUGGAAAAGGAAAAGCCUUACAAGUGUGACGUUUGCCAGAAGCGUUACAAGAAUCUGAAUGGACUCAAAUACCACAAGACGCAUUCUCCGCCAUGCAACCCAGAACUACAGCUGAAUGCGAACAAAGGUUCAACAUUGGGGAUGCCCAACAUGAUGGGUGGCGGGAACAUGGGAGCUGGACUCCAAGGAGAUCUAAGCAUGAUGUGAGAUGAUAUCUGGGUCACUACCAGUGAUGAACAUAUCCUUUCCGACCCCGUUGGCUAGCAUUGGCUGCCGCCAGGAGUCUAUUAUACCCAGU